AUGGUGAAGUCAUAUUUAAAAUUCGAGCACUCGAAAACCUUCGGACUCGUCACCUCCGCAACAUCUAAUGCCAUCUGGGUCCGGGACGAUGCGCUCGCCGGAAUUUCACGUCAAACAGGCGCGGGGCGUGGUGUAGUCGGCGCGGGAGAGGAGGUCUUGUACUGGGAUAUCAAGAAGGGUGAAUUGCUUGGAAGAUGGAAAGAUUCCGCCUGCAGGGCGCAAGUCACCGUGAUCACACAGAGCAGGACCGACGAGGAUAUCUUCGCCGUUGGUUAUGAAGAUGGGACCAUUCGUCUGUGGGAUUCAAGAACCGAGACGGUCAUGAUCUCCUUCAAUGGCCAUAAAUCUGCCAUUACCCAACUCGCGUUCGACAGUGCCGGUGUUCGCCUCGCAAGUGGCUCGAGGGAUACGGAUAUCAUCCUUUGGGAUCUUAUUUCAGAAGUCGGAUUGUUCAAGCUACGCGGACACACAGACCAAGUCACCUCUCUUCACUUCCUCGUUCCGUCACCCGAAUUAUUGAGUCAAGCCGGACUAAGCGAACAUGCCGGUUUCCUCAUCACGACCGGAAAAGACGCCUUGAUAAAGGUAUGGGAUCUGGCGUCACAGCACUGUAUUGAAACACAUAUUGCACAGUCAAACGGAGAAUGCUGGAGUUUAGGCCUUGCGCCGGAUCAGAGCGGCUGUAUAACUGGAGGAAAUGACGGCGAGUUGAAGGCCUGGUCCAUUGAUGAGAGCGCCAUGCUCGAGAUUUCUAAAGAGAAAGCCGGCUCGGAAACCCGCAAAAUUUUGACUGACAAAGGAUCGCUCUACCGUAACGGAAAGGAUCGAACGACCGGAAUCAGCUUUCACCCUCGAGCAGACUAUGUGGCAUUCCAUGGCUCAGAGAAGGCGAUUGAAAUCUGGCGCAUCCGCUCCGAAACAGAAGUCCAGAAGAGUCUGGCAAGGAAGCGCAAGCGAAGAAAGGAAAAGGAAGCCCAGCGUGCAGCGGAAACGGGCGAGGCUGCAAAGGCCGAGAACGAAAAGCCCGAGGACGAUGUUUCUACAGCACCCGUUACUGAAGUUUUCGUCUCUCACACUAUUGUCAGAACCGGCGGCAAGGUCAGGUCUUUCGAUUGGAUCCGGACUAAAUCGAGCGGAAAGAUUCAGCUUCUCGCGGCUACCACCAACAAUCAGCUGGAGGCCUACAGCGUCGCUAUGUUGAAUAAGAAGAGCAAGAGCGAAGAUGAUGUGGAGUACAACCGAACGUUGGCUGUCGAUAUACCAGGCCAUCGUACAGAUAUCCGAUCGGUCGCGUUGAGCUCCGAUGACCGAAUGCUGGCUUCUGCUUCAAACGGAAGUCUCAAAGUCUGGAACGUCCGGACACAAAACUGUUUGCGAACUCUGGAAUGUGGUUAUGCACUAUGCUCUGCAUUCCUUCCCGGUGACAAGAUCGUUGUGGUCGGCAAUAAGGACGGAGAGCUAGAAGUUUUUGAUAUCGCUUCGUCAACUCUUCUAGACACGAUCAAAGCACACGACGGGCCAGUAUGGUCGUUGCAGGUGCAUCCUGACGGCAAAUCACUAGUCAGUGGCAGUGCAGACAAGUCUGCAAAGUUUUGGAACUUCCAGGUCGUGCAAGAAGAGAUUCCUGGUACGAAACGGACAACACCACGGCUGAAGCUGAUCCACUCAAGAACACUGAAGGUCUCAGACGACAUAUUAAGUGUCCGGUUUUCGCCCGACGCACGCCUGCUAGCAGUUGCUCUUCUGGAUAACACUGUCAAAGUUUUCUUCAACGACUCUCUCAAGCUUUUCUUGAAUCUUUAUGGCCACAAGCUUCCCGUCCUAAACAUGGAUAUUUCAUGGGACAGCAAAAUGAUUGUCACCUGUUCGGCUGACAAGACAGUUCGCCUAUGGGGUCUGGACUUUGGUGACUGCCAUAAAUCAUUCCUUGCGCACGAAGACAGCAUCAUGGCCGUGGCUUUUGUGCCUAGCAACAACGAAGGUAACGGCCACAACUUCUUCAGUGUCAGCAAAGACCGCGUAAUCAAAUACUGGGACGGCGACAAAUUUGAACAUAUCCAGAAGCUCUCAGGACACCACGGCGAGAUCUGGGCUAUGGCAAUCAGCCACACAGGCGAGUUCAUCGUCACCGCUAGUCACGACAAGAGCAUCCGCACCUGGGAACAAACAGACGAACCCCUCUUCCUGGAAGAAGAACGAGAAAAGGAACUCGAAGAAAUCUACGACAACAACCUCGCAGCCUCCCUCGAGGAGGAAGAAGGCGGCGCGGACGGCGAGAAGGCUGAAGCCGUUGACGCCGGAAAGCAAACAACCGACACCCUCAUGGCUGGAGAAAAGAUCAUGGAAGCACUCGAUCUGGGCAUGGAGGAUCUCGUCGUCAUGCGUGAGUGGCGCGCCCUCAAGGCAAGGCAACCCAACGCCGCCCCUCCUGUCCGUAAUCCGCUUUACAUGGCCCUCAACAACAUUUCCGCCGAGCAACAUCUGCUCAACGUUGUGCAAAAGAUCCCUCCCGCCGCCCUGCAGGACGCCCUUCUUGUCCUCCCCUUCUCGAAAGUCCCCGCCCUCUUCACCUUCCUCAACAUCUGGGCCAGGAGGGAGUGGAACGUUCCGCUCACGUGUCGUGUGCUGUUUUUCAUGCUGAAGACACACCACCGCCAGAUUGUAGCCAGCAAGCUGAUGCGGCCUAUGCUUGACAGUAUCCGCUCGUCGCUUCGCCGGGUCCUCACGCGCCAGAAGGACGAGAUGGGCUUCAAUCUGUCCGCCUUGCAGUUUGUCGGCGAGCAGGUUAAAUCACAUGCCACGAAGGACUACAUCGAUGAGGAGGCUUAUGAAGAGCAGGAGCGGUCGACGGGAUCAGGCAAGAAGCGUGUCUUCUCCAGCAUUGCUUGA